AUGUCAAAUACGCAUCGGACCGUUCAUUCAGGGCAAUCCGCAAACACGAUUACGAUCCAAACACCUGGGAAUAUUUUACCAACCAGCUCCAUGCUUCCCACAAUCUCUAAAGCCCACAUUAGUCAGGCCACCUCGGAACAAAAACAACGCAUGCGCAUGUUUGCCACGAGUUGCGGACGGUGGCCAGCCACGCCGCUUUAUCUGCAGACUCUAUCUACAAAGUUUAUCGUGUCAAUUUCCCGAAUGGUGCAUAUUGCUGGUCGGAAGAAGGAGCCGGGGAUGGCUGUUCGUCCAUCUAGGCCUCCGCACAAUAAUGUAGAAAGUCUCAGCCUAGAUGCAUCAGGUAUGAAGUUUACGGACAGAGAACGCACCAUGCAUGGUAGAGCGAGACAUAUUGAACCCUUUGACCGGACGCCGUUAUCAGAUCCAGCAAUACUGGACCCUCAGCAGAUCUCAAGACGUUCCAAAGUCGGAAAUGCUUGA